AUGCAAAAUAUUAUCAGGCAAUCAAUCGGGGGAGUGAAAAAUAUACUUGGAAACAUAGUUACUUUUGUCACUGGCAAUAACGACGAAAGCAAUGACUAAGACUCCUAUGCUAGUUCUUGUGAAGAAAUUGAUUGCAAAUCAGAUUGCAGCUAAUGUGACUCAAACAACAGAUCAAUAUCAAUGGUUUCCUCUAAAAAUUCUCACACCAAUCAUGGACUCAGAAAUGAUGAUGAGGACAAAGAGAACAUGCCAAACUAGUCAACUAAGAGGAGAAAGCAUAAUCAUAACUUGAAGAAUGAUUCACAAGACUGCAAGCACAUCUUUUUGUCUAAUGAUAGACAAUCAAAUCUGUCUAACUUGCUAAGAGAACUAAACUAAUCCUCAGAUAACCAACAGACUGAAAAUAUACUUUAGGAAGUCACGAAUCAGAACAAGCAAAUUAUAUCUAGUUCUAAAAAGAGAAAAUUUGACAUGAUAUCCUCAAGUAAUGAAUAAGGAAAAAAUAAACCGCAAGCCUAUAGGAUAAAACCAUCAGGACAGCCUUUCAAUAUUUAUGAAAAAGAAAAUGAACAGCUUAGAUUUAAAGCUCAACCCCUUUAAAACCUUUCAACAAUGAAUAUUUUUUCACAAAAUAGUGAUCAAUAAGUCUAGCAACUUUAACAAAACUUUGAGAAUAUUUGGCUUACUCAAUCAUUUGAUGUUUAGUAUAUGAGUGACGUCAAAGAUAAACUCAAACUCAAGUCACUAAAAAUUGCCUUUAUAAAUAAGUUUGAUAAUCUCAAAAAGCAAAAGGAAGGUAGCAUGAAUUAGACAAUCGGAAGUUUAAAUGUUCAAUAAUCAGCCUUUCUAAAGUAAAAAUAUGACUAUCAAGGAAGCUAGAAUUAAAUUUAAGUAAUCAGCUUAGAUGAAAUGUAAUCUUCAAAGAUGAAUAUAUGGAAGGCUUACGAGAAUAUCGUUGAGUUCUAUUUCGUAAAAUCAAAUUAAUUUUAUCUAGAAGAAAAUUCAAACAUAUUUAACGACUCAAUGAUGAGUUCAAAAGAUCCUGAUUAUUUCAAUUUUUCACAAUCUAUUAAUGCAAAUAAAAACUACAUUGAAUGUCUACUCAAAUCCAUAUGCUAAAUUCACUAUAGCAAACAAUUUUAUCAUAAACAUGAUGAUGAAAAGGUAUUGAUUAGAAACAAGAAUGCAGGCUACUAACUUACUCAGUCUUAGUUAAGUAGAUUACUUUAAAAUAAGAAAUUUGACGAAGGCCUAUAUAAUGCUUAUAUGAGACUCAUUAAUUUCAGGACGAACCUUCUAGGUGAAAAAACCAUAAUCUGUUUAGAUACCUUAUAAUACUCAAUAAUUGAUAAUUACUUGAAGAAGGACCAAGUCCAUGGCAAAGAGCUAAAGAUAUUAUAAUUGCUUAGGGCAAAAGUAUUCAAUUUUUUGGCAGUUCCAAUUUUCAAUAAAGCAUCCAAUAGUUUAAUUAUCUUUGAUACAAAAAUCAAAGAAGUCUUCCUGCUUCAUGAUGGUGGCUUUAGUUAAGAAGAAAUUUCCUCUAUAUUUGGAUAAAUUUAAAGAAUUCUGAUUUUAUCUGGAGAGUCAAGUAAAUGGGUUGAAAAUCUGUACCAUUUUAACUAAACUUAAUAAAUUCAUUAGGACUAUGAUCCAUUACUCUCCCUAUGCAUAACGAUUGAAAAUUUAGCCUUAGUAUCAGAUGUAAAGAAUCUUUUAGUAUUAGAUUUUGAAUUCAUUGAAGUUACUAGAAGAAAAGUCUUGAUUGAAUUAAUUUUUGGAAAGAUCCUCACACAAGUCAACUGA